GCAUUCAAAACAGCACCCUCAAUUAGCUGUAAAUAUAAGAUGGAAAAUGUCUCCAGUUCCUCAGCGUUCCUGUCCUCCUUAACUAAAGGAGAAGACCUGAUUUUUGGAACCCUCUAUUCACUCUUUGGUGUAGUGUCUCUCUUUGGAAACUCUCUCCUCCUGCUAGUAGCCUACCGGAAGAGAACCAUCCUGAAACCUGCUGAAUUCUUUAUUGUGAAUCUUGCCAUCAGCGAUGUUGGCAUGACUGUGAUUCUCUUUCCACUGGCCACACCAUCCUUCUUUGCACACAGGUGGCUGUUCAACCAUGCCAUGUGCACUUUCUAUGCCUUCUGUGGAGUUCUCUUUGGCCUGUGCAGUCUCACCAGCCUAACAGCACUGAGUGCAGUUUGCUGCAUGAAGGUCUGUUAUCCAACAUAUGGCAAUAAGUUCUCUCCCACAUAUGCCGGUGUACUGCUAGUCUGUGUCUGGAUUUAUGCUCUCAUCUUUGCUGUGGCUCCUCUGGCUGACUGGGGCAGCUAUGGACCAGAACCUUAUGGGACAGCCUGCUGCAUCAAGUGGAAAGCAUCAACCAGAGAAGCAAAAUACUACAUUGUGGCCCUCUUCAUCUUCUGCUACAUCAUCCCAUGCCUCCUGAUCCUCUUCUCUUACUCUCUGAUCCUUUGGACUGUGAAAGUCUCCAGAAGAGCAGUGAAACAACACAUGUCUCCACGAAGCAGAGCCAACAGUGUUCACAGUUUGAUUGUCAAGCUCAGUGUUUCCGUGUGCAUUGGGUUUCUGGCUGCUUGGACCCCCUAUGCUAUCGUUGCCAUGUGGUCAGCCUUUGGUGAUGCCAGUCAGGUGCCAGUCUUGGCUUUUGCCCUCUGUGCUGUAUUUGCCAAGUCAUCAGCAACCUACAAUCCUCUGGUUUAUCUGCUCUUCAAACCCAACUUCCAGAAAUACCUUUCCAAAGAUCUCUCACUAUUUCAGGCUCUCUGCACCGUAUUCUGCUGCAGCCGGCCCAGAGUCAUUGCCCUCCAAUCCUUCCACACACGAGAUGGCAGAGCUUCCAUGAGAUUUUCCACUGCUUUCACUGACCAUCGCGGAUCCUGCAGGAACUGCGCCGACACUUUUGAAUGUUUCCGUAACUAUCCUCGGUGCUACAGGCUCCCCCAGAAGUCUGAUGCAACCUCCAAGACCAAUCCCCUGGCAAUCCUGGCAGAUGGAUCUACUUGCCGGCCAAGUCUGAAGAGAACCGUGCAGGUCAUGGUGCUUGUUACAAGGAAAAAGACUGGAAUGGGGACUAUGAAUGUGGCAGGGGAUGUUCUGCCUUCAAAUAUUGCAAGAGACCUAAUGUAAGCAUGGCAAAAGGAAUGAGGUGGGGGCAAGGCAGGGGUUAGCCCCUUUCUGCCUAGACCAGACAGGCAUAUUUGGCAGCAAUCUGAACCAGAGCAUAGGAGAGUUAUUUUGGGGUACUACAUCUCCCAGAGUUCCCCAUGCUAGGUGUGCUGGCUGGAGAUUCUAGGAAUUGUAGUCCAAACUUUCCUAAGUUCUGAGAUCUAAAAAUUCAUCUUUUGUUCAGUGGUUCCCAAAGUGUGCUUUGCAGGUCAGAAGAUACUGCAAAUCCUACACCAGCAUUUUUCCCCUCAAACAUUUUCACGACUUAUGUGUUUUUACAGUUGCAAUUUUGUGUCAACAAUUUUGCUCCUGGAAGGUUAAAAAAAGAAGAAAAGCAAAUUGAUAAUGCCCAAUUCCUUCCUACCAUCACCACUACAAAUGUGUCUCAUAAUUCCUUUUGGACAUUUAUAACACUCCAGUGCCACGAUUGUUGAAUGGCACGAAUGUGAGGAUUGGUCAUACCUGUACACCCUGCAUUGUGCUGUGGUUAGGUUAUCCAGCUCAUGUGCAGCAUGCAGUUGACAUCAGAGGCAGGUACAAAUUAAUUUCUCACAUAACAAAAGGGCAACAUUUUAAUUCAAUCAAAUUGUGUUGACAAUCACUGAGAUACAAAGAAGUGGUUGCUCACCCAAAAUAAUGCAGCAGAACUACACCGCAAUGAAGAUUGACUGCAUGUCCAGUGCUCAGCCAGCCCAGCAGGUUGGUUGAGAGACCACUGCAGUCACAGUAUCAACAUCUGCAUUAGAUUCGGUUCUGUAAGUCUUUUUUUAAUGUCUGUCUUGGGCCCAAAAACAGACACAGCCUAAACCAGAAGUUGGAAACAUUACUUUUUUGGAUGUCAACUCUCAGAAUGC